UUCGCUCUCGAUUUCUAUGUGUGAUAGUUGACGAGGGCGCAUAUCACGAGCUCAUAAUCUAAUUGUUUAAUAGACACGAUGGUUUUAAUGGGAAAUAAACCACUUGUAAAAAUCAUACGAAACUACAUCCGGGACUUAAGUGGUGUAUUUUCCAUGAGGAUAUUGAUGACGUCAUUUCCCGCUUUUCACGGCGGUUGUUUGAGCAAACAAUAAAAUAAAAUAAAAAAUUACAGGGUGAGAGUGUUCGAACAAUAUUUGCUUACCCUAUUUUCUCUCAAACAUGCACUGAAGUGGCCCAGAUAAACUGUCUAUUUUGUUAUGAAGAGAAAAUGAGUGAAAAUAAACCAUUGCGCAGUCAGCCUUCCUCAAUUGGCUUUACACAGGGAAGAGAAAAAAUCAGCGAGCCAAGUGCAUUCCUUCCCGCGAGGUCUUCCUCUCGCAGAACUUUCCUUGACCAGUCCUAUACCCACUAGGGGGCUGUUCAAAAAUUCUGUAAUUUCGCUCAUUACAUUGUUGUGUGUCUUCUUUCUUCGUGGUCUUCGUGCUAAAACGCUGUUUUUGGCUAUCUGGGGCGGUCUGUAGGUUAAUUUUAGGCUGCGCUAUGACAAAUAUUUUUGGUACCCAAAUCGACAUUUUUAUCAGUCCUAAAAGAAGACAUUAAAUUUCUCAUAUCACGAAAAUUCCAGAAGACAAUUUUAAGAGAAUUGAAGGGGAUUAAAGGCUUUCAAACGAGACAAUUUAGCCAAAAGAUACAUUGGGUGCCGCUGAAUAAAGUAAGAGUUUUUCCAAAAUCAAUAAAAAGAGGGAUACUUCUGGUGGCGCAAUUGCCGAAGAUAUUUUUCAGCAAGUUCCCUGUUCAUUUGACUUCCAACCAAAUUUCGGGAUCUCUUGGCUUGAUGCUGAGCACACCUUAGUCCCUAACCCGCUACAGAAACAUGAGCAAAGAGUUAGUUUUUUUACUUCUUUUAUGGAAUCAUUCAAGAAGAUUUGCCCGUGUUUUCCAAUCAAACUUGCACUUUGUCUUCACGUUUUUGAAAGAAACAAAUGAAUAAGUUCCAGAAAUUCCUCCAACGCAAAAAUAGGCUACACUUCCGGUAAGAGAAAGCACUGACUGGCUUACAUGUGUUCAGAAAACUUUACGUAACGAGCUUACUUGAGACACUUAAGAAGAUGAUAAAAGAAAACAGGCAUUAUAUCAUUGCUGCCUCCCUGUAUUGCAGGUAACCUUUAAAACAAGACAUGAAAAAUCUUCGCAGCCGCAUGUGAACGCGCUCCCAAACGCAUCCUAUUGGAUUGUAUCAGCCUGUAUAACGAAAAUUAAAAUCUGGACCUUUGUUCGAGCGGGUGUAAACAAGCGAAUCACAUCGCGUGAUUUUCUUGUAGCAGUUAAGUCGGUCAAAAUUGCAUUUAUUCAGUUAUAAUUUAACCGUUGAAAAAAACGACAAGAAAACAAAUAUAUGAAAGCAAACGUAUGUGUUUAAUUCCCAUUUCUGGGUAUACGUACUAGCUUUUUUUAAUACUAGUCUUGGGACUUGAAUCAUGCUAGCGUGAAUUUCCGCUGAAAUUCAAGUUGAAAAAGGAAACAAACGGUGUUAUGUUUGAAACCUUUCUCAGCGAUAGAUUUUUAGCUUCCGAGUGAAUUGAAGAUUCGUCAAGCUUAUAUUUCAUGAGCUCGGGUUCGCGUGGAGACAGGCUCGAUUUCCCACCCUUUCAAUUUGACAUUUGCAGACUUUCGGAUUUUCGUUUCUAUAUCUCAUUCCCGCACUUUUGGAUAUGGCCGACCAAAAUUCAUACAAACUUGAGAGAAAGCGAGCUGUACAAUUCAAGAAACCUGCAAUCUCGGACAAAAAUGUUGAAACGCCAAACAAGUUCUUCCCUUUCCCCGACCUACAAUGUUGAAAAUCCGUUAUUUUUUCCCCUUUUUUGUUCAAAAAAAAGAGGCGACAUUUUCCAACAUUGAUUAGGGGCCAGGGGAUACGAUCCAGGUCAAGUGUUCCAAAUACGUUUGUCCGGUAUUGUGGUUGAAACCCAGCAAGGAAAAAACACUAAAGAGGAUUAAAGUGAAACUUGAGCGAAGCUUAAUCUGGUGAGAGGUCAAUUGCAAUCUUCCGGUUUCAUGUCCUGAAAAUGGGAACGCCCCCUUAACGCCUCUGCACUCUUGCAAGCGCGCGCGGGAUCUUUCUCAAGUGAACACCAUCAAAAAUUAUGGCUUGUAGACUUCUUUUUCACGCAUUUCUCAGCGUGUUACUCUGUUGCUUUGCCGAUAACACCAGGAAUCCUCCAAAAAUAGUUACCAAAGAGGGAAACCUGGUCUUAAAGGCUGGUGAAGAUGGUGACAUUGUUUUUGAACCUGAUCAGGGAAAACAAGUGUUUAUUGGAGGAAAUGUCUUGAACGUCUCUGCUAGCGCAAAGGGAGAGAAAGGGGACCAAGGAAUUCAAGGAGCAAUUGGAAGCAAAGGAGAAAAGGGAGAAAUUGGCCCACCAGGACAGGCGGUAUCUAUGAAUGGCACAGUCAAUGUUACUGGAACUCCUGGGCAGAAAGGAGAAAAAGGGAUCCAAGGACUAAAUGGAACAAAAGGAGGGAAAGGUGAACCAGGCAAUCAAGGACCCGCGGGUAAGAAUGGAACUGAUGGCAUUCAGGGCCCUCCUGGUGUAAAUGGAACUAAAGGAGAUCGUGGAGCCCAAGGCCCUGCUGGCCCCUUAUUUAACACCCUAAAUCAGACCAUUUUAAGAUGCAAGAAUAGCAGUGAUUAUGGCUCAGUUCGAUUCAUUUCAGGAUACCUUCAGGUGUGCACCAAAUUAGGUUGGCAGCAGCUGGCAUACCAGGAUAGUUUAUGUGAACUUAAUGUACCGAGGAUGAAUCAUGAAGCCUUUCAAAGUUCAACAUUUGGCGUUUUACUUCAGUUCAAUGGAGAUCUGCUUGUUAAUUUCAGUCCUAACAUGAACCUAACAAAUAUGACAGCAGAGUACAAAGACGCAGGAGGACAGAACAUCACCCAAUACAUUCAAGGCAUAAUGGGCCAGGCUGUCCAGCUAAAACAGCAGGAAUACAUAAAUUUCCAGGGCAUUCCAGCGGGGUUUUGGAGUGGCGAUGAAUGGUCUGUUAUGACCUUGGUAAAGUUUCAUGAUGAUGGUAUAUUAGGCAUUGGGAAAGAGAAUCCUGUUUUGGGUGAUGGAAUACCAGCAACCAAUCAAGGAUUUCAUCUUGGAAUGAAAAACAAGAACAUACUUUAUGGAUAUUACUCAAGUGACAUUCAAGGGGUGAAAACAUUAGAUUAUGAUAAAUGGUACCAAGUUACAUGGACUUGGAAGAAAAGCAACAAAAUGCGGAAAAUAUUCAUUGAUGGCAAACUGGACGUUGCAGACAACUCUAAGGAUUCUUAUCAAGGACUAAGUGGACAAACACAAAUUGGAACAUGGUGGAGUGGAAAUAAUGGAUUGAAAACCAACUUGGAGAUUGAUACUCUUUACAUCAUUGACAAGGCUAUAGAGUAUACUCCAAUAGACCAACAGUUAUGUUUUGCCAAGGCUUUGAACGCUUACAUGCCUUAGCUGUAGCUAGAAAAUCAUACUGAAAUAAGGCAUUGGUAAUACCUCUGACUUCUGGUAAUAUAUGAGUCAAUAUUAAACAUGUCGAAUUUAGUGUUUUUUGUCUGUUUGUUUGUUUUGUUUUGUUGCUGUCUUUUUUGCAAUAAAACUAUCCAGUUGUAAAGUACAUGAAAGUAUUUCCUAGAAAUUUAUAAAAAUAUUCACUGGUUACAUGUAUAUAAAGUUAUAAAAUGUUUGAGCUUCUGGCUGUCAGACUAAAGCCUUCAAUGGAUAAAAUGGAAAAAGUGACAGAAUUUAUACACAAAUAGGUGCGGCUAUAAAUAGAAUACAUUAAUUAAAGGUGGAAAAAUAUAAACUGUCCCUUGAAGGCUGUAGUCUGAAGGCGAAAAACUCAUCAAAAGUUAUAACUUUAUAUAGCAGGUGAAUGUUUUUGUAAUUAAAAAUAAUUUUUAAUACGCUUUGUCCUGGUUACAGUUCUUCUAUUUUUAUAUUAAGUAUUUCUUCCUUGUUUAUAAUACAGUCAGUGAAGCCUCUUUAAUACGGACAAGUUACAAAGGCAGGGGCAAACCUGGGUGUCUCUAUUAUGGGGAUGUCUGUAUUAUAGAGUUGUGUACGAGUAGAGAUUGCAUAAAGUAUGGUUUCUCAUAGAUCCAGUGACCUGAGAGUCUGUAAUUUACAUGUCCGCGUAAAGACCUGUGUCUGUAUCAUGAAGGUAUCAGCAAAGAGAAGUUCAACUUAUCAUCAGUUAAUACUAACUAUCAGAAACAUGCACAAUACAAGGCUAUAAGCAAGAAUUUAUUAAAUACAGUAUGAAAUGUUUUUCA